AUGUUCCUUACCUGGUGCAAACUAUUGGUGGCUGCCCUAACACUGUGCAGCAAUAUCAACGCUUCUGCUAUACCAGUGGAAUGCUCUGUUGCUGUAUUCGACAACAUACUUGCUGCCGCCGGACUUGCAGAAACUGCCAAAGUCGUCUAUGCGGUGCCGAUUGAAGAGGGCGGCGCCUCAUUCGAUCCCAGUCCGCCGUUCCAGAGCAAUGUCACGCAGCUGCCGGAGGUCUGUGCCGUUAAGGUCGAGGUGCAGAGCUCGGAGUCAUCCUCAUACAGGUUUGCCAUGUUCCUCCCUCCAUCAGAAGCCUGGAACGGUAGGAUGAUGACCACUGGUAAUGGUGGGUUUGGUGGAGGUAUCAAUUACAUCGACAUGGGCCAUCUCAGUCACUACUCGUUCGCCACCUUAUCGACGGACACUGGACAUCUUUCGGCCACCUCAGACGGCAUGUGGGCCAUGAACAAUCCCGAGAGCGUUACAGACUGGGGCUACCGUGCCAUGCAUGGUUCUGUCGAGGCCGGAAAGCAGAUUUUGCACCAAUACUAUGGGAAAGAAAUCGAGUACUCGUACUACGCUGGCUGUUCGACAGGCGGUCGCCAGGGUCUGAAGGAAAUGCAGAUCUCACCGGACUCUUUUGAUGGUAUUUUGGCUGGUGCGCCUGCUUGGUGGACUACACAUCUUCAAUCCUGGACGACCUGGUACCCACUCCAGAACAAGCCGGACUCGCCCGGCCAUAUCCCCGCUGAACGCUUCCUCGAUAUCGCAGUGGCCAUCAACAAACAGUGCGACCCACAAGACGGACUCGUGGACGGUAUCACACAAAAUCCCUUCCACUGCGCUAUCGACUACACUGCCCUCAACCUGACCGAGCCACAGAUUGCAACACUCAAUCAUCUAUACAGCAACUGGACCUCUCCCGAUGGCUCAUUCAACUUCGCCUCUCUCAGUCCCGGAUCAAUACUCAGCCUUGCAGACCCAUAUAACCCCAACCCGCUGGGCUACACGUUCUAUUCGUACUUCAUCUACAACAACCCUUCUUACAACUUCACAGAUUUCACGCUUGACGAUCUCGCCCUCGCAGACAAGAUCAACCUGGCUCAGCAAACGCAGACAUGUUCUCAGCUAUCGAGCCUUUCGCAAACAGAGGCGGCAAGCUCAUGA